CCCCUCUGCCUCCUCCCAUUUUGGAUCCUGCUUAGCAACCAUCAACAACAGUACAGCCAACUUAUUAACACACAUCAAGUCCUCGCAAAUCACCAAACACAGGGGAAAGAGCAUCAUAUUCUCAGAAGUGAAGAUAAGGGCAAAGAUGGAUGGUAGGCAGACCAGCCUGACAGAACAGCAGAGGCUUCAGUUUCAGCAGAUUGCCAGUCUGCACAGUCAAAUCAAGCAAGUGCAGGCACGGAUUCUGGGAGAGGAAGUGAACCGAAAGCUGCUUGCCCAAGCAUUCAGGGAGCAGUCCUGCCAUCACAAACAGCUGGAGAAACUGGAGUCACAGCUUCAGACUGUCCAGAAUGAAGUCUACCAGCUGAUUGGAGAGCCUGGUUUGGUUCUGUACAGCAACUUCUUAAUGACUCCAACCCAACUCUCAACAGCAUGUCAAAGUGUCUUCAGCACACAGAAACACUCAUCUAGUGCUUGGGCAAAUGACCAACACAUGGUAACCACUACUGAAGCUGAGAUGCCUGCAGAUAGACUAUCUGACAAAGGGAAAUCUGAUGGAAACAGUGAGCCCAGCAACUCUAUAACCUCCUCAACUCCAUAUAUAUCCUUAAAGGACCAUUCAGAUAUAUUCUGUCAGAGGAUGUCCUUGUCUACACCAUCAAGAGCUGAGGACAGCCCAUCUGAUGAAAGUACUGUCAGUGCCAAUUCUUUCAGCAGCUCAGCGGGUUUGCUGGAAGUGAAGGAAGUGAACUCUGCUGGACACUUCGUCAGGCUGCGUAACACCUCGCCGGACAGGAACACAGACCUGGGAGGCUACAUGCUUCAGCAACGAGUCGGAGGGGCUCCUGUCUCGCUGUAUCGCAUCCCACCUCACACGUGGGUCCCUUCUGGCCAGUGCAUCACAAUUUGGGCAGGAGGAGCUAAGGUCUCCCAUAAUCCCCCCUCAGACCUUGUGUGGCAUGAGCUCCUGAGAUUUCGGACAGGAUCCGAGUGUGCCACAGUGCUGUGCAAGCCCAGCGGACAGCCUGUGGCGAGGCUCAUGCCCCCCCAGCAAGUCUCUGUGUCAAUGCCUUUUAACAGCGAGACAGUGAGUGCCAGGUCCUGCCACAGAGCCAGCACAGCUCAGGGCUGGAGGCCACUGUUAGCCUCACAUUCAGUCUCUGCGCACCGGCUUCCAGAAGAUCAACAGCACAAACGCAGCACUUCGGCUCCACCACCCAAGAGGAGACAGAAGAGAAACUUACGCCCAGUCACCCCUUUGCCUCCAAGCGCACAACCCAGUACCAGUUACUGUGGGAAGGAUGUGGACGACCUACAGAACUGGCACCCUGGUGUCACCGCGCUGCUGUCACGAGCUCUGUCAGGUAAAGGUGGUUCAAGCCAGAUUUCAGAAACAAGCUCUUGGAGAAGUUCAGCACCAUCCAGUCUAAUAUUAGAAAAGCCUGUACGGCCCAGACUGAACAGGAAGUCUCCUUUAGUUGCGCUAAUUGCCCAGAGAACUGCUCGUUCCAAGUAUGGUUUCAAGUUCCUGAGCUCUCCUCCAAUCACUUCAGACAUCCACGUUAUCAGGAGAUAAGACGGCAGCCACACUCCCCUCAGCUUCACAAGUGUUCACUACUUUUUCCAUCUCCUAAGGGAUGAUCACACUCCUGUCCAUAUGGAAAAGUUCCUAUGUGUUGAUAUUAUUGAUGUUGUUGAUGCUAUGGCACAGGCAACUCCUGUGCUCAGCUGGGAUCCAGAACCAAAAAAUCAAUAUAAGGCAUCAAUCUGGCUAUAGUUGUGAUUUAUUUUAGAUUAUGUUUUUUGUUCACUGUCAACAGAUUACACUUUUUUUAAUAAUAAGUGUUAAAAAGUCUUUUUUUCACAUGCUAUAGAGCAGGGAUCGUCAACACUGGUACUGGACAGUGCCAAUCCAGUUUCUUACUGAAUUUAUAGUUGAGAUAAGAUUUUUUGGAAAGAUUGUGAUUUUAUAUUUUAUUCUACAUAUGACAAGUAAUAGUUAAAAGGCAACCUCCAACUUUACUUUAGAUCUAAUCAGUUCAGUUAAGAACAGUCUAGUCUUUGAGGGUUGAAACAUAUGCAGUUUCAGAUACUGUACCAAAUAAUCGCUAAUGUAAUAAUUGCCUGCUUAAAUGUGUGCAAUCAAUUUUUUCUCAAUCUUUAAAAAUUGGUGAUUUAAUGGUGGCUUGGAAUACUACAUGCUGUAGCUGGAAUAGGACUCUCCAUGCUAUAUAGGACAACAAAGUCAGAGAGCCCUGUAUGUUCUCUUGUAUAUUGUAUUGUAUAUAUUGUACUAUGUAAGUAGCAGACUGAUAAAAGUUACUAAAAUACACCUAAAAUCUUUCUGAAGCCUAUUUUAAUCCUACAGAACAAAAAAAAAUGAAUAAAUGGACUGAAAAUA